CUUUGUUGGAGGCGGGCAGUCUUGGACUCGACUGGUUCGAGCAGAGCGGUAGUGUUUGGCGGUGCCAAAAGGCAUGCUGCUCGCGGCCUAGAAACAGGAGAGCAGGCGAAGCCAGAGACGUGCUCCCUCCUCGAGGAACAGAGUCGACCUCGUCCGUUUCUCAAACCAAAAAAAAAAAAAACAUCGUCUGAUUUCACAGUCUGGCCCAGCGCAGGCGAGCAAUCUUUUACACGCAGUCCCAAUAUCCUUAUCUAUGUGGGUCUAGAGUCUUCCCGCCAUCCAGCCAAGGUCGGCCCAGUGGACAGGCGUGAUCGACCAAGAUAACUCACUAGCAGCUUUGCGGCCGGCAUCCGGUGCUGAACGGCUCACAUCACCUUGUCUGUCUCAAUAACUUCCUCUCCUUCUGAACAUUAUCUCAAACAGCGAGCAUAUACUCGUGCCUACCCACCCGCUCUCCCUUUCCUCCCCCUUCCCCCUGCUCCUCACACGCGAACGGGACUCGACCUUACGCAAACGGCAACGCAGCAGGACCCAAAAGCAAUGACAGCUUCGCGGGUGCGAGGCCGGUGCACAUCCUUUUUACGAACCGAUCCAGCCUUUGGUACGUUGUAACGCACCGCUCUGUCGACUGAGGUCUGCUCGCGCCGGCAGCAGACCUGCCCAGCAUGGGCUUCAACACCACCGCGCCGCCGAGGACGACGAAGCUGCAAGACAACCCUACGCUUCUGUUCAGUUGGUGGUGCACCGGCUUCGCGAUGGCAUUCAUAGCGGUUCGAUUAUGUGGUCGGAUGGUGCGGAACAAUCAGCUGUUCAAGGAGGACAAGAUCAUGUUCUUGAGCGUGAUCCCGCUGCUCAUUCGCAUGGCAUUCAUACAUGUGGUGCUGAUAUGGGGAACCAACAACGUGGAUCUGAGCGGUGGAUUCACGCCCUUGGAGAUCAAGCAGCGUACGAUAGGAUCCAAGCUUGUCCUACCAGCGCGCAUAUUCUAUGCCAUGUACAUCUGGAUGGCCAAGCUGACCAUUUCCGAAUUUCUCAAGCGCCUGACCUCAACAUACUGGAAGCGCAGCUACGAGGUGAUGCUGAAGGGCAUCCGCUGGUUCCUACUUCUAACCUUUAUUGCCGUCGUCAUUGCCACGUUGGCAGAAUGCCAUCCGUUUGACCACUACUGGCAAGUCAUUCCCGACCCGGGGCCUUCUUGUCGCAUGGGCUACGCGCAGCUGAUCACUAUGGGUACUGCCGACAUGAUGACGGAUGCGCUACUUGUUAUUUUUCCCGUCUCUCUUGUGGCUCGGUCUCCUGCUUUCCAGCUAAAGCGCAAGCUUAAGCUCAUCGCUCUCUUCAGCUUGUCCAUCUGCCUCAUGGUGGUCACGGGUAUGCGCGUGAAAUACGUGAUUGCACACAACAGUAGACAGCAAUACCGAACGGUAUGGGCCUCUGGCGAGAUUCUGGGUGCCGCUGCAGUCACCAACGCCAUCGUGAUCGGAUCUUUCUUGCGAGACCGUGGCGUCAAAAAGCAAAAGUACAAGUACAACUCGACGACGGACAGCAUGGACCGUCCGUCCCGACGACCGACUAGAAGCAUAGGAAUGACAGACAGCGACGAUGACGACCUAGACCUUUUCAGCGACAUGUGUUAUCGCACCGAGCAUGGUCCUGAAAGCCCCAUCACACCUCGACCUGCACCUAUGGCCGUUGUAUCGCCACGCACGCGGCGCGAUUCAAUUCUCAAAGUGCCAGGCAGCUACUUCCCAGAAGUGAGGGACGACGCAACUCGUGCAAGCGAAGAAUCAGACAUAAAAACGGCCGUGGAAGCCCCCUUGAGAACGCCCACGCAGCCGGACACGAGUGCACAGCAGUCGCCGCGCCGGCACCGCACCGUUUCGUUCUGCGAUGUCGGUGGCCUCCUUGAAGACGCUUCGUCUCAAUCGAGCACCUUAGCUCCAUCCUCACCCCAGACGGGAACGAGAGACUUUGCAGUUCUCAACGGUCCGUCGACCAGACGAGGUUCCGACGUAAUUGCCUCUCCACCACCCGCACGACGAGGUUCCGAGGCACUCAACUCGCCACCUCCCGUAAGACGAGGCUCGCACGCCCUGUUGUCAGGCAUCGGUGGAUUCUUAUCCCCGAUCCUGCAAGGACAGCGACGAGGAUCGGGCGACGACCUGAAACGGACAAAGUCAAAUGACUUUGGCAACGACUUCGAGUUGACGCAUGCGUCAGGGGCCUUAGCUCCUAUCGUAGAACCUUCCGUCAAACCUGUCGCUCCGAUUCAGCUUAGGAGACAUGGCUCGCGAAGCUCGCUGCAAGACGUCGGUGGUCUCCUGGGCCCGCCCACUGGUGGGAUUCCUCCUCUUCCUGACAUCGCAUUACACCCUCCUCCUACAACCAACUCACCUAACCGGACACCAUCGCCCACCAACUUUUCCAGACCUCGGCCUCAAAGUUCAUCACCCUUGGCCUCGCCGUUGGCGGCAUAGCUCAGCGCAGGACACGCUUAGGGCGACACGUAACCACUCUGCGUGUGCGCCCCUACCAAAUGCCAUUCCCGGAGUUUCUGAGUCACGGGGCUCUUCUUCUGGAAAGCGACACAAAGGGUUCAUGUUGAUAUCCUCGGAUCGGCCUUGCUUUGUUUGAAAUGCUCUUAUUUUGGUUUUUUGGUUCGCACGAUAUCCCCCCCCAGCCGCACUAUUUUGACGCAGGAGGAAAAAAAAAAGGCUCCUUUGCUGCGUCUUAUUUUUUUUUAUAAUUAUUUCUGUCAUUGUACAAUUAAAUGAAUCAUGAAGGAACGUCUUUACGAUUGUUAAGGGGAUUAGUGGAAGAACAGGGUCAAGGAUGACUCGGACGUGGAAAGGCGAGAGUUCAAUAAUCGACGACCUGAGAAAGUAGCUUCUGCUAUGAAGCACAGACGUAAACGAUGGGCACGUGGGUCAUGAGGCUUGGCUAAAGUUCUUUAUUUUUCUGAAAUGCGAAGAAGAAAU